AACUCUCGCGAGAUUACGCGUCACCAUACAGUACUGCUCUAGCUUCUGCUCCUAGCAACCGGUGUCAAAGUAUCUCAUCGUAUAGAAGCUGUUUCUCAGUGAUAAAGGACUUUUUUUUAGUACGCUUUUACAAUAUGUAACGCCAAAAUAUCACACUAUUAUUGUCGCUAUCACUCGAGAAGUCUGGAUCUAUAAUAAGAGAGAUGCUGCAGUUAGCAUAGCUGAGCUACAUGCUAACGUUAGCUUGAAGAACAUCUUUUACUAAGUGUUUAUUAUUCUUUAGUCACGUUUGUCUUCACAGUUAGCUGACAAUGAAGUGUCACUACGAAAUAUUGGGUGUGAAACGAGACGCAGGAGACGAUGAUCUGAAGAAAGCUUAUCGAAAAUUAGCAUUGAAGUGGCAUCCAGAUAAAAACUUGGACAAUUCUGACGACGCGGCGGAGCAGUUUAAGCUGAUUCAGGCAGCUUAUGAUGUCCUGAGUGAUCCGCAGGAGAGAGCUUGGUAUGACAAUCACAGGGAUGCUCUGAUGAAAGGAGGAGUCAGUGGAGAUUAUGAAGAUGACAGCAUUGACCUUCUGCAGUACUUCACGGUCACCUGCUACUCCGGCUUUGGAGAUGACGAGAAGGGCUUUUACGCAGUCUACAGGAAUCUCUUUGAGUCCAUCGUUAAGGAGGAGAUGGAGCAGGGCAAGGUGGACGAUGAAGAAGAUGAGGAGUUUCCUCCCUUUGGAGACUCUCAGAGUGACUAUGAUAGCGUGACGCACGUGUUUUACGGCUACUGGCAGAGCUUCUGCACUCGUAAAAACUUCGCCUGGAAGGAGGAAUACGACACGAGGCAGGCCUCCAACCGCUGGGAGAAAAGGGCCAUGGAGAAGGACAACAAGAAGACCAGAGAGAAGGCUCGAAAGGAGCGCAACGAGCUUGUGCGACAACUCGUCGCUUUCGUCCGCAAGCGCGACCGCCGCGUGCUGGCCCACAGGAAGUUGGUGGAAGAGCAGAACGCCGAGAAGAUCAAGAAGGUGGAGGAGCUGAGGCGGAAGCAGAAGCUCAGCCAGGCCAAACUGGCAGAGGAGUACAAGGAGCAGAGCUGGGCGGCCAUGUCUGAACUGGAGAAGGAGCUGCAGCAGAUAGAGGCUCAGUAUGGAGAGGAGUUUGGAGAUGCAUCAGAGAGUGAGGAAGAAGAGAACAGCGAAGAGGGAGGAGAUGCAGACCAGCCUGAUGGAGACGAACUGACAAUUGAUGACUAUUAUGAUGAUCUGUACUGCCCAGCCUGUGACAAAUCCUUCAAAUCAGAUAAAGCUAUGAAAAAUCAUGAAAAAUCCAAAAAGCAUCGGGAGAUGGUGGCGUUGCUACGGCAACAGCUGAAGGAAGAAGAGGAGUCCCUCGGUCUGAACGGAAAGGAGGGAAGAGCAGAGGAAAAUGGACAGGAAGACGACGAGGAGGAAGACGAGGAGGAAGACAAGCCUAGACAAAAGCUGUCCAAGAAGCAAAAGAGGAAAAAGAAGCAGCAGAAAGUAGUACAGCAGAGUGCUCCAGCGGUGGAGGAAGUGGAGGAGGAAGAGGAGAAACCAAUACCGACCGCCUGCGAGGAAGAUGCCCCCGAGAAGUCAGAGGACACUACAGAGCCUGAGAAGCAGGACGAUCCACCUCCCACAGAAGUCAAAAGCAGCUCUGGGAAGACAAAAGGAAAGAAAGGAGGAGGAAAAGACAAACCGAAGAGUGUCAAGUCAAACACGGCAGAAGAACAGAUUCCUGAGAAGGAAGUAAACCUCCGCUGUGUGACCUGCGACACAGAGUUCUCCACAAGAAACAAGUUGUUCGACCAUCUGAAGAGCAGCGGUCACUCCAUCGCUCUCUCCGCAAAUGCUCCUCACUGCUCCGUGAACAAGAGCAAAAAAGACAAGAAGAAGAACAGAUAGCACAUCUGGGCGGAUGAACCCUGAAAGAGUUUGACUCCUACAGGGACACAGGAAACUCUGAGACGUCUCUUGGGGAGGAAGAUAAAUUAAAAGAAGUGGACUUUUAAUGGACUGGUUGGCUGACUGAGAGCGGAUAGUUUUCUUUUAAUUACACAAUAAUGAGAUGUAUGUGUGAGUGAUUGAGACUCUAAAACAUGUCAGUACCUUUCCCCAGUAACUUAUGAACGUCUCUGUACUGGUAAACCAGUGGAGAAAAAACAUACAGGAUGCACCCUAUUAUCAGAUCCUUUGGGAAUCUUCUCUCUUGGCUUGUCAGGAAGAGCUCUGUAGUGGUAUUACUGCAUCAUAAAAAUAAAGGUGGUACUGCACGUUGGUAUUUAUACAAUA